CUACUCGUGCGGGAGCCAGCGGCCGAUGGCGACGACCGCCGUCGAGAUGUGCCUGCGAAGUUACGUGGUGCCGCCGUGCCGUCCUUAGAUCCGCGUCGUGUGUCUCCCCCUCCCGCGGCUCCUGUCGCGUUUUCCGUCCCCGCGAGACGCACGACGACGACGACGAUCGCAACGACACGUUUCGCCUCGCCGUGCGCUCCGUCGUCGAGUGCGUGUCGUGAAUCCGUCGCGCGUGAAUGCGUGUGCUCGUCGGUGUGGUGGUGUGGUGCGCGCCGUGUCGAAGAACGUGCCGACCAGACCACGGUGGAUCAUCCGUCUGUAGUAGUCUCUGCCGAGCGAGGGAGAGAGAGAGAAAGAGAGAUACGCGUACGUAGCUCACGGCGAAUCGCCGCGAGUACGAGAGUUGACACCUCCGCCGCAUGAGAGCAUGGGUCUGCGGCCGCACUGCCAGCCCGAAUCUCGGAGUCGUCAACAAGCGGCACUGUCGCGGUCGUCAUCGUCGUCGUCGUCGUCGUCGUCGUCGUCGUCGUCCCGGCAUCGUCAGUAAACACGAGAGCACCGACGGAUAUACAGAGUUGGGACUAACCAUGUCCACUAAGAGGCAUCGCGGGCAAAAAUCAAGCGUAGAUAAUAAAAUAGCACAUGAAGGCCGUAAUAGAUAGAAUGAGCGCAUCUCGGCAUAACGAAGCGCGUUGCUUCAAUGAGAACUCUCCCAGGCCGCCAGUGCCAGGAGAGGAAACUGGAAGCUAUGUCAGCCGGAUCCGUCCACAGAGUCCCGCUCUGACGCCAAGACGCUCUUCCUUCGCGACAUCGCAAGUCUCCGGCGGUGGUUGCGAUGUUUCCGCGCCGCUGGGAUUUGAACCGGAGGGUUGUUGCGAAACCACUACCAUGGAGAGCAAUUCGCCCCCUGCUUACACACAGUGGGCAAGAAAUCUGCACUCCUUGUUAAAUGAUCCGGUGGGUUUAGACCUGUUCGAAAGGUACCUAAGUGAGGAAGGGCAUUUGGAACCGCUCAUCUUCUGGUUUGCCUGCAAGGGCCUCAAAGAGCAAAAGAACAGGGACAAGAUUUCGCAGUUGGUGAAGGUUAUCCAUCGAAAGUUUUUUCUCAAAUUGCAACUAUGUAUACCGGAAGAUGUGAUGAAAGAGGCGGAUCGGCGGAUCAAGGAAGGCCGCGCCGAUCACAAAGUAUUCGACAUCGUGCAACUGGAAGUAGAGCGAAUGAUCAACGAGACAACAUAUCCCAACUUUCUUCAAUCCGACAUAUACGUGCAGUACGUUCAGUCCUGUCAGAAUCCCGAUUCCGGCGGUUGCCCGAGCUCGAGUUCGGGGAGUCGCGAAAUGUCCAUCUCCUGCGGACCAAGUCUGCUACCCACCGUGCACGAGGACAGCGAGUACGUCAGCACCGGUUACCUGGACAAUUCGCAUUCGACCGGCGGAACGCCCGGGGAACUGAGAUUGACCAAAGAUAUGCUAAUGGCUACCCAACAGAGUAGAGCGAUGGAUCUACGACUGAGGCCAGAAACGUAUGCCGGCAUUUACUUGCAACAUGGGACUAGUCCGUAUCACAUGCACGUACCCAGAUUGCACGCACAAUAUUCCUCCUACAACCCAGUAUCCAGACAGGAUUCCGAGCUUCAAAGUUUGAGCAGUGAUGCACGUACCGAAGUGGACAAUGUGUCCCUCAACGACGGAUCCAUUGAUGGGACGAGCAGCAGACAGAGGAGCAAGAAGCAAUACACCAAGCAAUCCAGUAGGGCAAUUAAAGAAUCCGCGAAUAUAAAUCGUGAGUCUAUGGCACAUCACGUUGUCCCUCGAACUCAACGCAUGGCAUUCCCAAAGCAGAUGUCAGCGGAAGAAUUUGCGGAAAUGCUCACGCAGAAAUUGGAGAUCCUCGAGCGACAGCAGAAGACUCACGAAAAACUAGAGAAAUAUUUGCAUCCGGAGAAUGACGUAUCGAUCGGUAAUGAUGCGUUGUUGGAAACUGGUAGGGCUUCUAAGACUCUAGGCGAGGCACUGAAAGAAAAAUUGUCUAUUGAAGAAGACAGUGAUCAAGCGAUUCUCGAUGAGCAUGUGUCUCGCAUUUGGUCAGAUCAGACACCGUCGAGGUCUCCUAGGCACUCGCCCGAGAGGAGGCGUCCCACUCACAAUUAUCCACGGCCUUAUAAGCAGAGAAAAGAGAAAGAUAUGGAUUCUACAUUCUCGGUAGAUAGCGGUAACAUCCACGACUUCCAAGAUGGCAGCGACCUUGUUGGAGCCGGCUCCAUGAGUUCACUAGGCUCACAUCUACCCAAAUCUAAAUCUGUGCCAUCGGAUUACGGUGACUUCCUCCACAAACAAGAUCUGCAUGCUCAAGGCCACGACCAAAGAUUCCGAAGGUCGGAUAUGACGAGACGAUCAGCCACGAAAAAAUCAAUGACGGAGCUAACGGAUAGCGGGGUAAGCGUAGUCAGCGACGUGGACCGUUCCAUAAAUAAGGACGGUCGCAUGUUGUCUCGGUUUAAAGAAGUUGACAAGAAAGUUGACUUGAAACACAGUCGUCAUGGCAAGAGAUAUGGUUCGCGUAGCGGGUCCUUGGAAAGGCCAAACAGAGAAACACUCCCAUGGAGCCUGGGAGGGCCUGCCCAGCCAUGGGUUGCUGAUCCGGGAAUGCCACCUCUGCCACCACCUCAUACGGUUAUACAAUUAGAAGAGACUUGUAGAAAACUUAAAGAGAUGGAAGAAGAUAAGAUGCGCGCUAGCUGCAAACAACGACAUCUCAACGUUUCGAAACAGGCGUACGCAGAGUACGCGUCGCAAAGUCAGCCGUACGUUCAAUCCAAUCAGUCCACUUUGAGGAAACCGAAGCAGGACGAUUUCACCACUGUUGUGUUCAGUUUCUGUGACGAGCAGUUCCCUUACCGGACCAAAAUUCCUGGUCACAACGUCACGUUGAAGCAAUUUAAGGAGUACCUUCCGAAGAAAGGGAGCUAUCGAUACUUUUUCAAAACGGAGUGCGAAGAUUUAGACAUGAAAGUCAUACAAGAGGAAAUAACGGAUGAUGCCGAGGUUCUGCCAUUGUGGGAGGGCAAAGUGAUGGCGCAGGUUAAGGCACUCGAGUAAUAGACUGAAUAAAAGAAACCGAGCGCGCGAAAUGCGCGUAUUCUGACCAAGUGCCGCAAUAAAUAUUAUUUAAGAGAUCCGCCACUAAAACGGCAAACCGACGCGCUCGGUAUUUAUACAUAUAUACAUAUUAACGCUUGUCACGCGGCCUCUUUCUCAUAAUUGCCUAAAAAAGUAGUUUUAAUCGAUGAAAAAGAUGAUAAACUAUUAAGUCGAGCAAUAUUGUUUCCCGCAUUGUUGCGGAAAAGUAAGAAAAGAACGGCCUCACAUCAAAUUCUGACGGUCAAAUGUCCUCGAAGGAACCUCGUACGCUUUGUUCAUUGUUAUAAUUAAGUACAGUAAUUAUUUCAUUGGGUUUUUUUGCAUUCAAAUAUUUUUCAAUGAGACUUGGGUAGAAGUGUCAUGCUAAAGUUUCAAACAAAACUUUAGCUCCACACACAAUGACGAUCUUAAAGAAUAUUUUAUCAGAUUAAUAUCAUACGUUUUUCUGCUCACUGAUGAAAUACUAAUUUGAAUUUGAAAAUUAUUUGAACGAAGAUCGGAACGGAGCCGUACUUUUCCUCUUUCUAAUUUUUCAUCACAUUUAUACUUUUUUCGUUCAGGGCAGAGAAAGAAAGAGAAAACAGCAUUCUUUAUGUGGAAUUACUUCGUCAACGAAUUUACACAGCUGAUAGCUCGCGCGGCAGCGCUUUAUUGUACAUAAUUAGUAUGUAAUGUUUUUUUAUGACAAUGUUAUGCGUUUUGUCGGUACGGAUUUUGUCAGAUGAAAUUGUAUUGUUAUAAUUUCGUCUAGCAUUAUAUAUUACUUUCACGGGGUAAUUUGGGCGAGAACGGCAACACGUCGAAAAAAGCGAAUACAUUGACAUAGUGACCGACUAAACAAUUUCUUCCUCUCGAAGACUUCCCAUAGUUCUCCACACGACUGUACAAAAGUCCGCGUAGUUGAUCGCCUUAGUAAAGUCUACAUAGGCACUAGACUUACAUAGAAGAUGGUAAUUAUUGCAAAUUAGCAUCUAAGAAAAUAUAUUACGUAUAUUUUACGUAGAUACGAGACGUCGCCUCGUAUAUAAUAUAUGUAAUAUAUUUUAUAUAUCCGCGAUAUACAACAUGAAAUUGAAAAGAAAUUACGAAUCAUGUUUUUUUUUCCAUUGUGCCACUACCGUCACUAUUGCAUCACCGUUGCAUCCAUUCAACAUUGUGAAAUAAGUUCGCCAAGCGUAGCCCAAUACAAAGGGCGAAAUUUAUAGCAUGUAUCAACACGCAAUUGGGACGGCAAACACCGAUGGAGAAAAGAAGGGAAGAUCAUUAGCGUUUAGAUUGUAAUAACGUUUGUAUCAGGUGCGGAAAUAUGUGCCUUUUUAGUGCAGUAAGAUCGAAAUAAGUCUAAGAGAGAAGGUUAAGAGAUAUUUAUAAAUUGCAGUACAGGGGCCCAAUCCUGAUAGGAAAAAUAUCGUGUCUGAGAUUAAAUUUUCCCAAAAUUAUAUCUACACUGAGAAAAAAAGUCUGGUAAUAACUACCAGAUGUAUUUUGUUUAGCAUAUUGAUACGAUAUUUAGCAAAUAUUACCAAACAUAAUAGUAGCCAAUUGGUAAUAAUUACUGAAUAUUUAGAAAAUUAAAAUUAGUAUUUUGUUAACAUUUGAUUAAAAUUAUGUUAUUAAAGCUUUAAUAACUUAUCUAGGCUUGAUUAUUAUUAGUAAAGGAAAUCAAGGCCUAAGAUGAGCAAUUUAAAUAGUUAUGAUUUAAAUUAUUUUCACUUUUAUUUUCAUUACAUGCGCAGAAUAAAUCUUUUCGGGUAGGCUUCAUAGCAGUAAUGCUGACGCCUUAUUUUUUAUCUGCGCACGUAUAUACAUACUUUUCACAUUUUUCUCUGGCGUAUAUUCAACUGUAAUUUUGGAGGUAUAUAAUGAAUUAAUUUAAAACAGUUUUGAUUCACCCAAUUUUCAUCAGUAACAACUCGAUUAUUAUUACUAGACUUUUUUUCAGUGAUAUGCCAAUUUAUUGAAAAGAACGUAAAGUCUUGUUAUUUUUUUAUUCUUCCUCUAUCAGAACCGAGCGUUAUAUUUUAUUUAAUCUCCCCCUCCUCCCCUUUCUCCCUUACAGUUAUAGAACCUUCUAAUUUAUUCAAAUUUAAUUUUUACGCGCGUGAAAUUGUGCGAGGAUUUAACGUCUCGCGUUAAAAUGUUCGAUUGUAUAUUCUAAUAAAGAUUGCAGUAGUGUAAGAGUGUACCUAAUCUAUUGUUUCGUUUCUCGAUUUGUAAGAGAAAAAUAUUGUAUAAAAACGAGAGCUCUUUUAUUGAAGGAAAAAAACUCGAGACUGAAGAAAUUAAAUUAUUACAUAUAAUUGUUACGAUAUGUACAAUGUAAACCUGCGGAAAAUACCCUCAAUCGAUAGUUCGACUUUAUUUGCCGGAGCUCGCUUCCUACGCGUAAUCCCCGUGGGAAAAAUCGAUAAAGAAAAACAAAACGACAUGCAUACCCAUUUAUUUGAAAAUUCGAUUGCGUCCUCUAAAAAUCGAUACUGAUGAUGACGUAUAUGCGAUCAAUGACAAUUUUUAAUUGUAUGUAACUGAUUAUUAAAAUAUUACGAACGUUAAAGUGUUCCUGUACCUAAUUAAUUAAUAAUGCGAUUAUUGUAUAUCAAAAAAUAUUGAAAAUAAAAAAUGCGAUUUUCAC